GCGCGUUGUACGUGGACAGCGACACGGGGCUGGAGUCGAUGUCGUCCGCGGAGGCGGGGUGCGCGGGCGCGGGGUGCGCGGCGCGCGGGGAGGCGCCGCCCGCGCCGCGCGCCGACGACCUGCUGCGGCAGGAGGUGUGCCGCCUCAAGAACGACAAGCUCGACCUGCUCAAACAGAAUAUUACAUGGCAAAAUGAAAUAAAAUCUUUACGUGAGAGAGAAAUAACUCUGCAAGCCGAACUGGCCGCUGCCGCGAGGGAAGUGAGGAGACUGCGAGAGCAACAAGCGACGGGCACCGUCAUCCCGAACCCAUCCACGCACGACUCCACAGCUUGAAACCAAGCCAAAAUCAACCUUAUAACCAUCGUCAAAGGUUCACAGCUUCGUGCUUUCGGAAAAAAAGAUCUGAUGUGAUGACCAAAAACUGGGAUUUGAUUAUGAUUUUAGGAAGUGUAGUUCGCUUGUUUGCUCUCUACUUAGUGCAAUAUCUUUCCCCGAGUUGUUUCUACGCACUACGUUUCUAUAUUCGCUAUAGUGUGAGUGAAUCUUUUAUACUUCAGUACCUUCAGGUAUUCUCUAUAUGUCCCAGUUUUAUUAGUAUAAAACUUCUUAGGUCGCUUGACUGAUUACUGAAAAUGCUAAUUCGAUAUAUAUUUCUAUAGUAAAUCUAGAGAGAAUAUUCGAUUCUUUUAUAUGUUGUUAUACUGAAAGUGAAUUGUUAAUGUCUACAAUUAGGCUACUAGCUUUUUGUAAAUGUUGUGAUAAACGUAGCUUACUUCAGACAUCUUUCUAUACAAAUGUUAAUAUGAGACGUAGAAUAAAAUAUGAAAAUGGACAUUUUGAUAUAAAGAACUCAAAUAUUCAAUCCAUUGAUUCAAAUUAUGUUAUUCUACAUCUUAUAUAGCAAUAGUAAUAUUAUAUAGAGAAAUUUAUAAACAUGUGUAUUUACCGUUUUGUGUUCUGAAAUUUUUACGUCGAACACUAAAAAAUAAUUUAUUUCCCCAAAUUUUAUAACAGUAUGUCGUCAUGCAUGAUUAAUUUUGAUUCAAGGAUAUCGAAGAAUUAUAAUCAUAGUAAACUUCAGAGUUUAAAAACCUUAGAAUGUGAACAUUUUUAUGAUUUUUAGAUUAAUAGAAAAAUAUAAAUCUCGAGUUCGUUCCAUAUUUCAAAUAAUUUCUAUUCUUCCGUAAAUGUUAGAUACAAAAUAUAUCUGUAUUAGAAAUUAGAGAAAUAACGGUACCUACUAAUUAAGCCUUGAUCAUGUAGAGCCUAUACAUGGUGCGUUAGAACAUUGAAUUCAACCGAUUGUUUAGUGCAUAGAUAUCAGAUUUUCUAUCAAUGUUCCAUUCAUUUUAUGUGUAGUUGCACAGUGCAAUCUCGUCGCGCUUCGGUCUUUUGUUAGAGUAGAAUUAAGUUGCCCAGUUCUGUAAAUAUACCAACUGGACAUAGGCUAUUGAUUAAACAGUAUUUUUCCUAAUUUAUGCUUUCGAUGUAAGUUCGUUUCUGGAGUGUAUUUGAGUUUGAUUAUGUUAUGUUGUUUAUAAUUAAUAUUUUAUACCAAAGUUAACAUUCCCCACUAAAUAGUAUAGUUUUUUAUGAACCAGUAUUGCAAGGUUUUAGAGGCGAAGCACGCUAACAAUUUCUAAGUUUACAUUUAGUUAUGUCAUUAAAUGUAAUCUUUUAGAUAUUUUGUUCGACUGUUGAUUAUAAUUAAGUUAAUUGGCACUAACUGUUGAUUCGUCUUCAAUUAGACUUAAACCAAAUAUUAAGCGCGGAGCGUUAGAUAAAUAGUUAAUUAUAAGAGAUACUAUUGAAAUAUAUGAAUAGUUAAUACUAAAUAAA